AUGAAUGAUAGCAAGAGUCUGUCUCCGUUUCUUUUGGGUCUGCAUCUGAUUAAUGGUUCUGGGUCGAUUCCUUUCGAUGCCGUUGUUAGCCUAGGUUCCGAAAUUUUCGAGGAGACAAACCUAAUCGGAGAGGGCCCUUGUCCAUGCCUUGAGCUAUGGUAUCUGUGGCUCCGCAAACUCUCCAACAUUGAACCUGAUUCUCGCCACUGCACUAUUGACCAGAAGAGCGUGAAAGAGAUGGCCGGGAACAACAUUGAAAGGUCCAAUUGUUGUGAAGGAGUUAGUUAUUGGUCUGACACUCGGGCUAGCAGCUGGUGGGCUAUGGAAGAUGCAUCACUGGAACGAGCAGAGGAAAACAAGAGCAUUUUACGAUUUGCUCGAGAAAGGCGAGAUCGGUGUUGUUGUUGCAGAGGAGUAGUAACAUAG